CAUUAAUUGAUAGUAAUUGUAUUAUUUAGUAAUUCUACCCGACGACAUGUCAUUUGAAACUCAUCUUAACGAAACGUCUUUAGUGUCGUCUUGUCAUGUAAUUUACGAUUUUUAUUGGGGGGCUUGAACGCUGCGCUAGCAUUCAUCUGACGGAAGUGAAUUCGUCAUCAUUGUCCCUACUCGCUACGAGGUUUUAACAAAAUGACUCAAGCUCCAAAAAGCGGCUCGGUCGUCGUCGCCGAUUGGCACCGAUGCAAAGACAGCAAAGAAUACUUCAGCAAGAUACUAUACAAGAAGAAACGCAAGCAUUUUGGUCUAUUGGAGUCCCCGGUGAUGCCGCCACACAUCCCUGUGGACACGGUCCACUAUAAGAUCGUCCUGUCUGGCAAGAGUGGAGUGGGUAAAAGUACUCUCGCAGCACGCCUUGCUGGACAAACAAUACCCAGCAUGCACUACGAGACCACAGGCAUUGAGACGACAGUGGUUUACUGGCCAGUCAAGUUAAAAGAAAGUGGCAGAGUGCUCUUCUUCCGUUUCCAGUUGUGGGAUUGCGGAGAAAAUGCCUUGCGACGAUUCGACCAUCUGCUCCCAGCUUGUAAGGAGAAAGUGGAUGCCGUUGUCUUUCUUUUCUCCUUCACUGAUAGAACAUCUUUUGAUGACCUUGAUAAUCAAAUUACAAAGUGGAAAGAAUCAUCUGGGGGCCCAGCUGUGACUUUGGUGAUCGGCACAAAAUUUGACCAGUUCAUGCACUGUGAUGUCUCAGAGGAGGACGUGAGAAACUUCCAGGAAACGUGGCAGCUAGCAGUGCUGCGCACAGGCGGCGGGGAGGUGGGCGACGGGCUGGAUGCCGCCGCACCUCUCCUCAACAGCCUGGCAGAGAAUCUAUGGAAUCAAGAUUGCAUCAUGGCUGGGCACCAGAUGCAGCAGCAGACAGCAAGUUCGACUUUGGAAUAGUAGAACUAUUAAAAAGUUUAGUUUUUUUUCCUGAAGAACACUUUCUCCCUUAAUAUAAUUUCUUUGCCACUUUUACAAUUAAAAUGAAUUUAAUGUUUUA